AUGCCAGGUUUUAUCCUAUAUACUAUUAAUCGGCUUUACCCUCAUGUUCUAGUACAUAUCACUGGAAAAAAUGUGUGUCUAUCACAGCGGAGACGACCACAUCAACCCGUUGAGCUGUCCGUCCCUCACCUUCGGUGCCUUCGCUACCUUUCCUCGUAUUGGGAUGGCGAGUGGGAUGAGUUGUCUAAAACUUUCACGAGUACAAGCUAUCAAGCUCGCCUAAAAGAUAUCAUAUGCUCUAGCCCAAAUCUAGAGACUUUGAAUCUCUUUCAGACCACGGAACCAUCAACUACCUAUAGAGGAAUCAUUUCAUUACAGAAGGGCGAUACUAUGCCGCAAUUGAAACAUCUAAAUCUCUCGAAUAUGCACUUCAAUGUGUCUCAAAGUCUUCUGUGGGCAGAAAGUCUACAAUGGGAACUAUUACAUUCGUUAUCGUUACUCAACGGUAAUUGGAGUAACUUAGCUCCCCUUAUCACUGGUCGUCUAAGAAACCUUAAGUCAUUAGAGGUGUCGAUCUCUUGUUAUAAUCCUAGAAUGAUUGAUUGGCCUCAUUACAAACAUACUAGAAUUUUUGAGCCGCUACCUAUCUACUGGGAACGAGCGACCCAAGUUCGUCUUCUUCUAGAGUCGUUCUCUUCCCUCGAGACCUUUUCUGGUUAUUACCUUCCACAAUACAUCCUUGACACCCUAUCAAGCCAUCAUGCACUACUCAGGCAUUUACGAUUCCGCAGCGCCAAUCUUCAGCGUAAUUCUCGCACACAGCUUCCUUUCCCUCCAAGCAUUGAGGACCUGGUCAGCCUACCUGAUAGGUUCCCAAAACUUCAGUCUCUAGGCAUUGACCUUGACUGGGAAAAUGAUGAAUGGUUCCUUGAAUCAGACUCUGGCUGCGAGCCACUUUCUCUCAGGUCGUUACAUAUCAAGAUGGGUGAAUGGGAAAGUAUUAAGUGGAGCCCGCGAUCGUUUUACCACACAAUGGGUCCGCUAAUUAUUGGGGAACGUCAACUAUCCAAAAAAAUGCACUUUUAUCGAUUUGCUCCACACCUACCGCGCCCGAAUGGGUUUCUUAUGUCGCAUUUACCUCCUAAAGACGACUAUCGAAUCAUUUUGGAGCUUCAGAAUCUGGAUUCGCCAUUUAUGAGAGACAGCGGCCCAGGUGGCGAAGACGUUUGGGCUGUGGCAGACGUCUUCGUUGACACAAAAUUCCCUGAUUAUAGACGACAUUGCGCCAUUCGAACCCUAGAUGGUGGUUGUAUGCUGAUUCCUCGCAAGGAUGAGGGACUCAAAAUAUUCCAACCAGUGGAUGAAAAGAACCAGGAGAUCCUCGAUGCAGAUAGACAUCGUGCAUAA